AUGCUGGAUCCAAUUAAUCCACCAACAUCACCACCAAUAUUUGAAUCAGGUGCAAAUACACCAAUUCCAUCAUCACAACCACAACCACAAGAUCAACAACAACAAGAAAUAGAUGGUCCAGAAACAAAAAAAUCUAAAACAAGUUCAACAACUGCUAAAAAACCAAGUGCUGAAACAUUACAAAGAAGAAAAGAAGGUAGAUUAAAAGCAGCUCAAACAUUAGCACAAAAUUUGAAAAAAACAGGUAUUGGUAGAUUUGAAAAAGAAAAUGGAUUUGGUCUUACUAAUGUUAAAUCAAUACCAUUAAUUAAUCAAAAAAAUUAUUUUACUGAAUAUUUAAAAAAAGAUGAACAAGUUGCAUAUAUUAGAAAUUGGAGACAAGAAAGAGAUUUACAAAGUAAAAUUAAGAAAUUAAAACAAAGUGGUGAAAUGAUUGAUGAGAAAAAGAUUGAAGAAAUUAAAAAUUUUGAUAAUUUUAAUUUAAAUGAAAUUGAAUUAGAAAUGAAAAAGAAAAGUAAUGAUGUUGAAGAAGUAGAUGAUGAAGAUGAAGAAGAAAAUGAAACUGAAGAAAUAAGACAAGAAAAGGCAAGAAUUGGUGAAGAUGUUAUAAUUUUACAACCUGGUUCAAGUUUUAUUAGAAUUGGCAAAGCUACAGAUGCAGUUCCUGAAACAAUUCCCAAUGUGAUAGCUAUAGAGAAACCAAAUAGAGAAAAGGAAGAUAAUGUGGUAUUACCUCAUAGAGAAAUAAUUGAUGAUGAAAUUGUUAUAAAUCCUACAUUUGAUGAAACUAAGCAAGUCAUCUCCAAAGAAUUUAAAGCAAGAAUGAGAUUUUAUAAGAGAAGAAUAUUACCAAAUUCAAGAGAAACUGCAUUAUAUUUUAAUAAAAAACAAAUUGCUGAAAAGAUACCCGAUCAUAAUGAUCCAUUAAAAAAGGAAUGGAUAAAUGAAUAUGAUCAAAAAUAUUAUGUUGGUGAAGAUGCUUUAAAAUUGGUACUAUCUGGUGAUUGGAUAUUACGAUAUCCAAUGAUAAAUGGUAAUUUCAAUGAAUUUUCAAGAGAUUAUCAAUCAAGACAAGAAAUAAUAGGUGAUUUAGCAUUGAUCAUUAAAGAAGCAUUAAAAAAGUUGAAUAUAACCAAUGUUGGUAAUUUCAAAUGUAUGUUAUUAAUUCCAGAUCUUUAUGAUAAAUGUUAUGUUGAAAAUUGGUGUGAAUUAUUACUUAAAUAUAUUGGAUUUGGUAAAAUUGGUAUAAUUCAAGAAUCAGUAGCUGCUACAUUUGGUGCAGGAGCAUCUACUGCUUGUAUUGUUGAUGUUGGUUCACAAACUACAAAAAUUGCAUGUGUUGAUGAAGGUAUGAUUAUAAAUGAUUCUCGAAUUUUAUUAAAUUACGGUGGUGAUAAUAUAACUGAAACUUUUAUGAAAUUAUUAAUUGAAAAUGCAUUUCCUUAUAAAGAUAUUAAUCUUAGAAAUUCAUAUGAUUGGGAAAUUGCCACUGAUUUAAAAGAGAAAUUUAUAACUUUUCAAGAUGCAGAUAUAGCUAUACAAUUAUACAAUUUUUAUAAAAGAUCACCAAAUCAAUCAACUGAAAAAUAUGAAUUUAAAACAUUUGAUGAAGUAAUGUUAGCACCAAUGGGAUUAUUCUUUCCGAAAAUUUUUGAAAUUGGUGAAAAACCACCAUCAAAUCCAUCAUUAUACCUGAGUAAUAAAUCAACAAAUAAUAGAUUAAAUCAUUUAUUUCCUAAAUCAAUUGAUCAAUAUAAUUUAAAAUCAAAUAAUCCAAGAUCAAAAUCACAAGAUCAAUUAAAGAACUUUAAUAAUUAUUGUGAUUUACAAGAAGAAGAUUUAUUAAUGAAAUUAUGUGUAAUUGAUGAAAAAGAUAUGGAAUAUAAUGAUGAUCCAUUAUGGGAUGUUCCAUUAGAAAAAGCAAUUGUUGAAUCAAUAACAAAUGCAGGUUUAGGUUCGGAUUUAACUAAAAUUAAAAAAUUUUAUGGUAAUAUUUUAAUUGUUGGAGGUGGAUUAGGUAAAAUUAAUGGAUAUGAUUUAAUGUUAACUGAUAGGAUAAAUAUUUGGAGACCUAAAAUACUUUCAUCAACUUCUUUAAAUUCAAUUGUUGAAUAUAUAAAUCAAGAAAUAAAGAAAAACACUACUAAAAAACAACAAUUGAUAGAUGAAACUAUAAAAGAUAUGGAAGCUGAACAAGGUGUUAAAUUAGAUGAAAAAGAAGUUGAAAUUCCACAAGAAAUAAUCGAUGAUAUAAAUAAACAAUGCGAAUUGAAUUUAGAUUUAAAUCAUAUUGAUCAAUUAAAUGAUGAAGGUCAAAUUAUCCCAAUAAAUAUUUUACCACCACCAAGAGAAUUUGAUCCUACUAUAUUAACAUGGAAAGGUGGAUCAGUUUAUGGAAGAUUAAAAGUUGUUAAUGAAAUGUGGUUAACUCAAAAAGAUUGGGAUGUAUUGGGUAGUAGAGGGUUAUAUUAUAAAAGUUUAUUCAAUUAUUAA